AAACACAGCUCAUAAUCAUAAGUCUCUCUCUCUCUCUCCAGAUUUUUCGUCUGCGGAGAAAAACCAGUGAGAAAGACAACGGUGAAGACAAGUACCAGAAGAACACUAGCGAGCAAACAAAACCCUAGCGAGCUCUCUUCCUUUUCUUCUUCAAGCUUGGUUCGGAAUCCGAAAAUGGAGUACGAAAAGCCUCCCACUGCUCCUGUCUUCUCCAGGAAGCACAGGAACCGUAGCCAUAGCCUCAGCUUCAGCGCCAAUGGCGUCUACGACGGCGUUUUCUCUUCUCCGGCGACUAAGAAACCUACUCCGGCGAUCGAUUACGGCGAGAUUUUCCGUGGGUCGGGUCCUUCUUCGUCUUCGAUUCCGUUCCUGGACCUCCCUGAGCUCAACGAGGAGAAGAUUAAGAUCGAUGUUCGUAGCUCCAAGCUCGAUUACGCUUCGGUCUUCGGUGGUUUCGUGGGUUGCGAUUUCACUGUCUCUCCCGAAGAACUGAUCAUCAAGUCCGAGAAGAAAAGCUCCGCAGAAGCAGAUAAACGGAAUCACAAGAAAGCUGGAAAAUCUUUUGUUAUUCCACCUUCUACUAAGCUGAAGAAUCAGAUUUCCUCACCCGAAGUUGUAAGCAUGAAGCAGUUCAAUGUGUUAUACCAUCAGACGACUCCUCUGAAUGAGAAUGGGAUAAAAGACAAAACUCAGGCUGCUCAGUUCCAUGCUGUAUCUGGUUAUACUCAACUGGUUGAGAAUCCGUGCCCAUUAUCGAAGAUUGAAAGUAGAUCCCUUGUUUCCUCGGUUGAAAAGGAGCCACACCAUGGAAAUCCCGUAAAAGUUGCAGACUGUAACACUGCCCAAGUUGAUAUUCCUUCCAGUAAUGGGUCAAGAAAACGGAGUUCUAAAAACAAUACCGAGUUUGAAAUGAUCUUUGGUAGAAAUGGAAGCAGUGUUGGUGAUAUCUUCACCAGUAGUGAAUCCAAAACUGAUCUUAAUGCUAAGCAUCCAGAUGUGAUACCGCCUUCAUGUUCGCUGGAUAGUGACAAGAAAGCUUCUGAAAGAUCAAAGGUUCCGAACUCAGGAAGUUUGGAAAGUUUUCGAUCUGAAGAUGUUGAUUUACCAUGUUCGCCUCCAUACUUUGAUGAGGAAACUGAUGCGAAUUCAGUUGCUGCUGCAUCUUCUGCUGUACUGAAAAAGGCCUUAGAAGAAGCUCAGUUGAGGAUAAACAUGGCAAAACAAAUGAUGGAAAGGAAAAAGGCGGGAUCUCGAAGUAGUCGUGCAAAACCGAGAUCUUCUGGUGGCCUUAGAGUUGCGGAUAAAGGCAACAGAAAAUUCGGAAGCCAUAGAGACGAUGGGACGGAAAGUGUUGGUGAAGUGGUGAAGUCUUCUGAAGAACCAUUUCCACUUGAGGGAGAGAGAUUUUUUGAUGAGUCGGUGAACUAUUCUAAUCAGUCAUUUCCAAAUUCUGGAAAGCUAAAUGUUGGUGAAGCAGUGAACUCUUCGAAAGAAUCAUCUCCAAAUGCAGGAAACCGAAAUGUUGAUGAAUCGGUGAUCUCUUCUGAACAAUCAUUUCUUGAUAAGGGAGAGAAUAUUGUCGGUGAAGUGGUGAACUCUUCUGAACAGUCAACCGGAUACGGGAAAGAACAAAAUGUCGGUGAAGAGGUGAACUUGUCUGAACAAUUAAUUCUGAAUGGGCGACAGAAAAAUGUUGGGGAAGCGGUGAAAUCUUCUGAAAAAUCCUUGCCGAAAUGGGGAGGGCAAAAUGUUGGUGAAUCGGUGAACUCAUCUGAACAAUCAAUAAUGAGAUGGGGAGAGCAAAAUCUCGGUGAGGCGCUGAAAUCUUCUGAGCAAUCAAUCCCAAAAAGGGGAGAACUAAAUGUUGGUGACGUGGUGAACCCUUUGGAGCAAUCAAUUCCGAAAUGGGGAGAGCAAAAUCCCGCUGAAGCGGUGAAAUCUUCUGAAAAAUCCUUCCCGAAAUGGAGAGAGCAAAAUGCCGGUGAAUUGGUGAAAUCUUCUGAACAAUCAAUCCCGAAAUGGGGAGAUCAAAAUCUCGGUGAAGCGGCGAAAUCUUCGGAGCAAUCAAUCCCGAAAAGGGGAGAGCAAAAUAUUGGUGAAAUGGUGAACUCAUCUGAACAAUCAUCCCCGAAACGGGGAGAGCAAAAUGUUGGUGAAGCAGUGAAUUCUUCUGAACAAUCAAUCCCGGAGGGAGGGGAGCAAAAUGUCGCUGGAUCGGUGAAAUCUUCUGAACAAUCCAUCAUCCCAAAUGGAGGAGAGAAUAAUGUCGUUGAAGUGGUGAUCUCGUCUGAAAAAUCAAUUCUGAACGAGGUAGAGCGAAAUGAUGGGGAAACGAUGAAAUCUUCUGAACAAUCAAUCCCGAAUGAGGUAGGGCAUAUUGUCAGUGAGCUGGUGAACUCUUCGGAACAAUCAUUUAGAAAUGCAGGGAACCGAAAUGCAGGUGAAGCAGUGAACUCUUCUGAACAGUUGUUUCCUGAUGAGGGAGAACAAAAUAUCGGUGAAGCAGCGAUCUUUUCUGAAAAAAUAAUCUCGAAUGAGGGGGAGCAAGACGUUUCUCCUGAACAAUCAAUUCCGAAUAAGAUCGAGAAAAAUGUCGAUAAAGUGGUAGAUUCUUCAGAACGAUCAUUUCCAGAUAAGGGAGAGCCAAAUCUUGGUGAAAUCCCAGAUGAGGAAGAGCAAAAUGUUGGUGAAGAGGAGAGCUCUUGUAAACAAUCAUCUCCGGAACAGGGAGAGCAGCAAGCGAAAAGAGCUCGUCGGAGGCUCUGGGAAGUCCCGGGUGGAAUUCUGAAAUCAACACUGCACCAUAUGCAGGAAGAGAUGAAAGAACAAGAAGAGGAACAUGCAAAAAAAGCUCGGAAGCACUGGGAAUUACCUGGUGGGAUAUCCAGAACGAACGAGGAGAUGCAGAAGGUAACCGGAAACUCAUUCUAUUCAUUCGGGCAACUCGGUAACAAGUUAAAAUGUGUCGUUGAGGCUUUCACGGGGAGCAAGGUUGCACAGACAUCCGAGGCAGAGGGAGCGGAGCAUGUCAUGGUCCAAAAUCGGGAAGGCGAGGAUAAGAUAGUGUACACAAACAUAUGUGAAAGGGAAGAGGAAGAGAUUCACAGAGAAAGCCUAACUCAGAGAGAUGAGAACGAUGGAUCUACACUGUGUAAUUCCACAGAAGUGUGCUCACAGAAGGAGGAGAAAGAAACGGGACGGUGCGAGCAAUCUGAAAACGGGUCUGGUUCAUGUAAUACCCACGAGAAUUCUGACCUAAUUCACGAGAUUCUAGAUCGGGAAGGCGAGAAGGAGAGUCUCUCCGAGCCACGGGAGAUGCUUGUUGGUGAUGUUGAUGCUGAAACAUAUGAAAGGGAAGUGGGAGAGAUCCACAGACCUACUCAGAUAGACGAGAAUGCUAAAUCUAUGGCAUCUAUCCUCGGAGAAAACGCUUUGGUAUUUGGGCACAACGGGAAAGGGAACGAGAAUGAGAACAAGACACCACGAAGAAGGAGAGUUUGGAAAACCUCGGAAGAUGUCUACGAUAUGAUAAAGGGUAUGAAGCGAUACGACAGAGCUUGGCAGCUAGAAGAUGACGAGAAAGAAACGAUGAAGAGAUGCCUCAGAGAGCAGAGUGAAAGAGCUGACAAUGACAAUGAUGAUAUUACCAGAGAUGAAGAAACAGAGAGCAUUUCCGAGCUACCUACUGACACGGGAUUGCAAGAAAAUUGGAACGUGCUUAAGCAGAUGUUUAGGCAGAUGUUCCAGACAGUAGACACUAAGAGAGAGGACGAAAAUCGUUCCUUACUGGAAUCCGAACAGAGUGAGAUCGAGAUUCAUCAAAGGGAUGAAGGAAUGGAUAGGAAAGGAACUGCAGGGACAUCGGACGAUGAAGACUCAACUUUAGCACUGCAAACGUUGUGCAGAAAAAAGGAUGGUGAGAUGGAAGAACAAAAUAAACCAUGUUUUGUCUAUGAACUGAUAGGAGAAGAAGAGUUGGUAGGCCCUGAAAUGGCCAAGAUCCUAGAAGUGGAAGAUGUACCAGAAGUUUCUGAAGCAGAUAGCUUGGAUCUAGGAGCCGCCUCCGAACUCGAGGAGAUAAAAGAGCAGGCGGAUUCUCGAACUGAAAUACUGAGACAUGAUUACCCGUGUAGUUCCGACAAGAAAUCUGAGCAAAAGCCAUGCAAAGAGUUAGCUGAAGAGACUAAUAUGGGCGGUAGUAUAGAUGAUAACAUGAGAGAUCCGUCGUUUGAAAGUGCGCGAAUCGGGGAGGUAGGCCUUGAGCAGAAGAUAUAUGAUCGAUACCCUGAAAAUACCGGUUCAACCAGUAGCAUGGAGGAACAUAUUGAAGAAGUAGAUUCCGAGUCGAAUAAGAGUGGUUGGGAUGUAGACGACAUGCAGUUCAUCGGCCAGCCCAACGAGAACGACAAUUAUUCAGAAUCGGAAGCGAGACAUUCACCAGAAACCAAACACAAACUUCGAGAAAAUGCGGGAAAUCCAGAUCACGAGUUCCCAGAAGAGUUUAAUGAUAGAAACGAAAUGGAAGCAGCUUCGAUGCCCGGUUCUUCAUCCAAAGAAGAUGAAGAAAAAGUUGCAGCAGCAGAUAGAAACACCGAUGCUACUACCGAUGAUGCUUCACAGAACAAAGCAGAGCCUGCAGAGGAACAUAAUAAUAAAAUGAUAGAUGAAGCAAAAGGGAAAGCGAAAGAGAGAGAAAAUGAGAGAAUUAUGGUAGAGAGAGCUAUCCGUGAAGCCCGUGAAAGGGCCUUUGCCGAUGCCCGAGAAAGGGCAGAAAGAGCAGCUAUGGAGAAAGCAGCAAAUGCAGGAACACACCGUAGAAAGACCUCUGAAAUCCGAGGAGGGAGGCCAGAGAAGACAUCUGUUGAUGCCACCGACAAAUUAUCAUCAGCUGAGAAGGCUUCCAUGCAAGCCAAACUCCGAGCCGAGCGUGCUGCUGUGGAGAGAGCUCUCUCCGAGGCCAGAGAACGAGCCCUCGAGAAAGCAUUAUCUGGAAAAGCAAGAAACCAAGCUGGGAAAUCAUCAGCCGCUUCGGGUGAAAGACGCAAUUUCUCUUUUUCUGGCACAGAGAACCGGAAUUCAGCGGCUCCUUCUGGUUCUUCAAACCCAAACAGUAACGGUGAACCAGCGCAGCGGUGUAAAGCGAGAUCCGAGAGACAUCAGAGAACAACCGAACGUGCGGAAAAGGCUCUCGCCGAGAAGAAACUGCGAGAUCUCAUCGCCCAGAAAGAGCAAGCCGAGCGAAACAGACUGGCGGAGACUCUUGAUGCGGAAGUUAAACGUUGGUCGAGUGGCAAGGAAGGAAACUUGCGGGCAUUGCUCUCGACACUGCAAUAUAUUCUUGGACCCGAGAGCGGAUGGAAACCGAUCCAUCUUACAGAUCUCGUGUCGAGCGCCUCGGUGAGAAAAGCCUACCGAAAGGCGACGCUCUAUGUUCAUCCCGACAAGUUACAGCAACGCGGUGCAGCCACUCAACAGAAAUACAUCUGCGAGAAGGUUUUCGACCUUCUCAAGGAGGCAUGGAACAAAUUCGGCGUGGAGGAGCGUUAACAUUCUUGGAAUCUGCUAGCGAAAACCGGCCACAGAAUGAAAACGCAAAUUAAACCGCAUUCUUGGGCAGGGGAUUGCAUGCUGUAAUGUAGCGAUGUAGACACGAUUAUAAUGAAUCUAUUUAUAACAAAAGGGAAAGUUCCUGCA